AUACAAUAUUUUGAGUAAACCAGGUCCGGCCGGCUGUGCACACCAAAAUACAAAAACCUCGCAUCAAAUUGAAAACUUGUAGUGACGUAGCCACAGAUUCAAUGACGGUGAAAUCAAUAGAUAAAUCUAUAAAAGAAAAUUAUAAUCUUUCAAUCCGUUUCCAUUUUUAUCGAUCAAUCAAUUCAUUUCGAGUAUAAAAAAAUGGAGCUCAGGCCUGGUCUUUCAGCUUUAGUCACUGGCGGAGCAUCAGGCAUCGGCAAGGCGCUUGUUCUAGCCCUUGCAAGCAAAGGAAUUUUCAUUACAAUAAUCGAUCUUUCUGAUAAAGGAAACCAAGUUGCGUCACUUGCCGGAAAUGAAAUUUCCAAGUUACAUUCUGAACUGGGAUUUCCGCCGGCUAUGUUCAUCAAAACUGAUGUCACUAACACAAAUGAGCUUUCUGCGGCUUUCAAGAAGCAUUUUGAGACGUAUGGAGGAUUGGAUAUCUGUAUUAACAAUGCUGGGAUUGGGAAUCCGGUUCCAUUUGAUAAGGAUGAUUCUAAAUCUUGGAGACUCACCGUUAGUAUCAAUCUUAUUGCAGUUAUUGAUUGCACCCGUCUCGCUAUUCAAACCAUGCAACUGGCUAAAAAGCCUGGUGUAAUCAUUAAUGUUGGCUCUGCAUCAGGGCUCUACCCAAUGUAUGCUGAUCCUAUAUACUCUGCCUCUAAAGGGGGCGUGGUUAUGUUCACCAGAUCCCUCACUCUUUACAAGCGCCAACGGAUCCGUAUCAAUGUGCUUUGCCCUGAGUUUGUGCAAACUGAUUUGGCCGCAAAAUUGGAUCCUAAAAUCAUUGAUCUAAUGGGAGGCUUCUUGCCAAUGGAAAUGGUAGUGAAAGGUGCUUUUGAGCUUAUAAGUGAUGAGACUAAAGCUGGAUCUUGCUUGUGGAUAUCUAAGCGAAGGGGCUUGGAGUAUUGGCCAACUCCUGCAGAAGAAGCAAAAUAUCGUGUGCGCCCUUUGACACAAAGGAGAAAGUCUUCAUUGAUGUUUCCAUUUAGUAUUCAAAUACCCCCAAGUUUUGAGAAGAUAGUUGUCAACACAUUGAAUCACAAUUUCCGUAGUGCUACCAGUGUAGUACGUGCUCCGUUGAGAUUCCCCCUCAAACCGGAUCAUGUGCUUUUGAAAGUCAUUUAUGCCGGUGUUAAUGCUAGUGAUGUGAAUUUUAGCUCAGGACGGUAUUUUAGCGGAGACAAAAACGAGAUCGAAUCUCGUCUUCCAUUUGAUGCUGGCUUUGAGGGUGUGGGAAUAAUCGUUGCUGUAGGUGAUUCUGUUACAAACUUAAAGCCUGGCACUCCGGCGGCUAUAAUGACUUUUGGAAGUUAUGCUGAAUUCACCAUGGUAUCUUCAAAACACAUCCUUCCUGUGGACAGGCCAGAUCCAGAAGUUGUUGCCAUGCUCACAUCAGGAUUGACAGCAUCUAUAGCUUUAGAAAAGGCAGCUCAAAUGGAAUCAGAAAAAGUAGUUCUUGUGACUGCUGCUGCAGGAGGCACCGGGCAGUUUGCUGUGCAGCUUGCUAAACUAGCUGGAAAUAAGGUUGUUGCAACUUGUGGAGGCAAAGAAAAGGCCAAGCUUUUGAAAGAUUUAGGAGUUGAUCGAGUCAUUGACUAUAAAGAAGAAAAUAUCAAAACUGUUCUAAAGGCUGAGUUCCCUAAAGGUGUUGAUAUUGUCUAUGAAUCUGUUGGUGGUGAAAUGUUUAAUCUCUGCUUGAAUGCUUUGGCAAACUAUGGCCGACUUCUUGUGAUCGGAAUGAUUUCUCAGUAUCAAGGAGAACAUGGGUGGAAGCCAAGAAAUUAUACGGGGUUAUGUGAAAAGAUUCUGAGCAAAAGCCAGACUGUGACUGGCUUUUUCUUAGUACAAUAUGCUCACCUCUGGCAUCAGCAUCUAGAUAAGCUGGUUCAUCUUCACUCCUCAGGAAAGCUCAAGGUCGCUGUCGAUCCGAAACCAUUUUUAGGCAUUAAUUCGGUUGCUGAUGCAGUUGACUACCUUCAUUCUGGUAAAAGUGUGGGCAAGGUUGUUGUUUGCAUUGACCCGUCGUUUGGUCAACAACUAGCAAAAUUAUGAGCACGAAAUGUUCAAGGACCUCCCAAAAACUUAUUUUCUACAUUCGAGAAAUAAAUAUAGUUGCAAGAUUUACCAGAUGUGCAAUUUUUUAGUCAUACAAAAGCCAAAAAAUGCAAACCAGCCCAAAACAAGAGGCGUAACUCAAUAAAAGGGAAUAGGAGAAUAUGCCAGCCACUAUUCUGCUUGCCAUUGUAAAUUUCCAAGUAUUCUUAUCUGAGGGUAUAUUUGGUAUACCCACCCAUGUUAGCUUUAUUUUCUUCCUCGUAUAGAUCAAACAACGCAGUGAAUAAGAUUUUAGCUUAAUUUUCGUCUUUUAUAUUAUUCCAUCAAGUGUGUGUUUUGUA